AAGAAAGAUAAGAGAGUAGCAUUCCUAUUUCCUAGCUAGUGUAUACUCCACAACAGUACACAGCUGACAGCACCCAUUUAGUAAACGUGAGUAGUGACUACCAAAGUUUAUCUUUCCAUACUCCACUCCGUUCACUUUUUAGACUUUCUUCGCCGUUUGUGGAAGAUGAGGUUGUGUCUGUGUUUAACGUUGUUGCUGGUUCUGGCUAGUGUGGCAAUGGGAGAAGAAGAUGCAGAUCAUAAUAAGCACUCCCUAAAAGCCAAGUCACACGCGCAGAUCCAGUGCACAAUGUGUUCCUCUUGUAACAACCCUUGCAACCAAGUUCCAUCUCCACCACCACCAUCUCCUUCCUCCAACAACUGUCCUCCACCACCCUCUCCUCCUUCCUCCGGCGGCGGAGGCGAAGGAGCUCCGUACUAUUACUCCCCGCCUCCACCCUCUCAGUAUACCUACUCCUCACCACCUCCUCCCGCAUCCACCGGCGGAGGAAUGUACUACUACACUCCUCCCAGCAACAGAAACUACCCAAGACCGCCGCCGCCUAACCCGAUUGUGCCGUAUUUUCCGUUCUACUACUACAGCCCUCUGCCGCCCGGGUCCACUGCAGCUCCUCCGCCCUCCACGGCCUCCUCGAUUCUCUGUGCACUUGCUUUCUCAUCUUUUCUAUUGUUGUUGCUUUGAUAGUAAAUGUAAGAAAAGAAAAAAAAUGAAGGAAAAUGGUAGGAAUAACGGCGCAUAUUUGCAGAUCUAGAGAUUCUGAGGGAAAUGAGAGGGAGGUAGAACUGUACAAGUGCACGUGAAUUUCCCAAUCUGCCCUGCACACGUGAACUGAAGUACCAGUAUUAUGUUUUCUCUCUGAAUUUCUUGUGCCAAUGUAGAUUCAUCUGCAAUUUGUUAAUAAUUUUUAUUUUUAUGUACUAUUAAUACUAGUAAGUCGUAUUUCGUUAGUAUAAAAAUAAAAUAAAUUACAAAGAUU